ACACCUCUCUUCUCAAGAACAAAGAAAAAUCACAAGAGUUAGCUUAGUGAAACUUCUUUAUUUUGAGGGAUUUAAUCAAUGGCUCCUUUAAGUUGUUCUAGAAUAACAAUGUUCAGUUUGGUUCUAUUUGUCCUCAUAAUAGGGAGUGUCAAUGCACAACUCUCUACAAACUUUUACUCAAAAACUUGUCCCAAACUCUCUUCCAUUGUCCAACGUCAAGUGCAAUCCGCCAUAUCAAAGGAGGCACGAAUUGGUGCUUCUAUCCUCCGCUUGUUCUUCCACGAUUGCUUUGUCAAUGGGUGCGAUGGGUCAAUUCUACUAGAUGACACAUCAAACUUUACCGGAGAGAAGAACGCACUCCCGAAUAAGAACUCUGUUCGAGGAUUCGAUGUCAUUGACAACAUAAAGACGGCGGUAGAGAACGUAUGCCCCGGAGUUGUAUCAUGUGCUGAUAUCCUUGCCAUUGCUGCCACAGACUCCGUUGCAAUUCUUGGUGGCCCAACCUGGAAUGUAAAACUUGGAAGAAGAGAUGCCACAACUGCUAGUCAAUCUGAUGCGAACACUGCCAUCCCAAGACCAACUUCCAACCUUAAUAUACUCACCUCAAUGUUUAAGAAUGUUGGUCUUUCCACCAAGGACUUAGUCGCAUUGUCAGGUGCUCACACAAUUGGACAAGCAAGGUGCACAACAUUUAGGGUACGAAUCUACAAUGAGACCAACAUAGAUACUUCUUUUGCUAGCACAAGGCAAUCUAAUUGCCCAAAGACAUCAGGAUCAGGGGACAACAAUUUGGCACCUCUUGAUCUCCAUACUCCCACUUCUUUUGACAACUGCUACUACAGGAACCUUGUUCAAAACAAGGGUCUUCUUCAUUCAGACCAACAACUUUUCAACGGCGGGUCCACUAACUCAAUAGUGAGUGGCUAUUUUAAUAAUCAAAACUCUUUUUUCUCUGAUUUUGCCACUGCUAUGAUCAAGAUGGGAGAUAUUAAGCCACUCACUGGAUCAAAUGGAGAGAUUAGAAAGAACUGCAGAAAACCCAACUAAUAUUUAAGUUUGAACUGAUAUUAAUCGUCCAAGAUAUACACAUACAAAAUUGUAUUAUAUAGAUGUGUGGGUGCACUUGCGCAAAAUAAGUUGUUAAGCAAGUUUUGAUUAUCAUUUUAAUUAUGUGUGCUUCCGAGGGUCUUGUAUUGUCUUAGUUAUACUCCCUCUGUCUAAAUUGUACUCCCUCCGUCCUAAAUUGUAUGACGUUUUGGGCAUUUCACACGUAUUAAGAAAUGUAAUUAAUUUUGUGUGGAAAAUGGAUAUUAUGAAUUGUUUU